UAUUUUAAAAUUUUAUAAUAUUAGUUAAAAUAUAAUAGAUAUAAUUUAGUAUUUUUAUAAUUCAAUUUCAAAUUUUUAAUUAAUUAUUUUAUUUUUUGUAUUUAUAUUGUUUUUAAAAAAAAAAUUAUCAUUCCGCAACCGCCCCCAACCGCAAACGCUAGUUGGAACCACCUUUUGAAUUUAUGAGGUUUAAAGCAGUUUGAAAUAGUUUAGAACGGUUUGAUUGAUUGUUGCAAAAUGCCAAUAACCGCUAGCAACCGCAAAACUGCGUUUGCAGAUGAUAGCGGGAAAACCAGUCACAUCCUUAGUUCCAAUUAAAUUGGUAUGUCGAAUAAUGUUGUAGAUGAAAUGGAAAUUAAUAAAAAGAUUAACAUGUUUCCAAUAAUUUAGUGAUAGUAUAUAUGAAAGGAAUAUUCUAGUUGAUCAUAUAAGAAUAUCGAUUGGAUUUGAAAGAUUAUUACGCUUGGGUUAAUGUGAUAGCUUGAAAACAGAGGCUGUUGUGGAGUGAUUUAGAUUUUUGUGUUAUUUGGUGGAGCUAAUUGAGUUUUGUGUCUCAAAAAUAUCUUUUCAAUAUAAUAUUUCUAUUAUAAACGGCAAAAGAUCUCCACUAAAGAAAGUUGUAAUCAAGUCACGUUAAAUUGUAGUAUUUUUAAAAAGAUUGUGGAGCUAACUAAUAUUAAGGAGGUGGUUAUACAAACCACGGAUCCGGUUAGCUACGGACAAUUUUAGUGUUGUAAGGCGGUUUGUUAUCCAAUGGCAUAGAUAAGUAAUUAUUGAGGAAAAUUCAGGGUUAUUUCCUAUUUGUAUUCCUGUUUUAAUAGUUUAGAUUAUAUUUGACCCAAUCCAUCUUUUUAGGUGAGAUAAUAAGAAAUGUUAAUACCCUUUAUCUGCCUUCAGAUCUAUUAAUAUCCUCUAAUUGUCUUCAGAUCUAUUAAUAUCAUGCAGCUCCAAAAUGACAUUAAUUUAAUCAUUGGAGUUUUUAUUACAAGGAAUCAUUAAAACUGCAAACCAACAUAAAGGAAAGAGUAAGGUCUUUGAGACGAGGCCAAAAUUCUUAAUUUGGAUAGUCAUUGUUGGUUUGUGUUAUAUAAAUAUUAAGUUUUGGUGAUGAUUUGCUUAAAAAGUUUGUUAUAUAAUUUGGUUUGGUCUGUUUUAUUUAUUUUUUAUUUAUAAUCUGCUUUCAUGAACUGGUGCAGAGAAUAUAAUUUUAAGUAUGGAUUGAUUUUGAUUCAAUUUGAGUUAAUUGGUUUUGGAACACAAUGAUUCUAAUCAAAACAAAGUUUAAAUCAGUUUGUAAAUUUUACUAUUGCUUUAUACAAACCUUAAAAAUAAGAAAAACAAAAUAAAUCAUAAUUAAGUUUAAUUAAUUUUUAAUCCAUCUUUCUUAUCAUCCUAUAUAUGAUUUCCAGAAGAAAAAAAAAACAAAUUGUGAGUUCUAAUUAUUUGUAAUUCGUUAGUCACAAGAUAAUACAAACCAUUUUUAAUUUUCUACCAAUUUGAUAGUUUAAAAUCGAUUGCAAUAUGUAUACACAAUUUAUAUUCAUAUACAAAUGCAAAAAAAUAUACGAGAAUCAUUUGCAAAAAAAUAUACAAGAACCCAGCCGUAGCCCGGAAAAAUCCCUAAUAUUUGGAAAGGCCUCGUUGUCAGCUUUCCAGAUCAUCUUUCAGAUCGACAAACCUAGGUACGGUUAAGAGGUUAUGGCUAUUUUAGUUUUGGAUAUCAAAUCUGAAAAUCAUAAACCUAGUCUUCUAAUUCGGAAACCAUAAGUAUAAUUUAGGAAACUUUUUGAUUUAUAAAGUUUCCAUUUUGAAAUUUCCAAUUUUACGAAAGUUUCUAUUUCAUGAGUUGUUCCAAUUAUGAAAUUUACUAUUUUAGAAAAUUUCCAUUUUUGGAAACUUUAUUUUAGGAAACAUGGAAUCAAAACAUUUACGGGGUUAUUGGAACUAGAAUUUGGAAAGAGUUUAGUGAUUUUAAAAGUUGAAAGAUUUUUAAAAGUUUUGUAGAUUUAACAAAUAUUCUCCACAUUGCUAUCAAAUAUUUUGUAUUGAUUUCGGGAGAUUGUUAUUGAGUAUCAUGGAUUUGCACAAUAUAUAUUUUUCAAAAAGUUUCUCUUUCUAAGGUAAUAUACAAAAAUCUUUCUAGAAAUUUCCUAAAAAGAAUCUCGAUGAGACACAAUAUUUCUCGUUCAUUAUAUAAGACACAAAUUUUCUCGUCCAGCUACAUAAAUGUACUCUACUUCUUCUUACCAUUCGUUUAUAGGCUAUUUGUAUAUUCUGUUGCAUAAGAUAUAUUAUUAUUCUCUGUGUUGCUUCAUGCUUAUGGACUUCUGCUUGACUUCUCUUUAUGGUUACAUUCAGAAAGCAUUGAAGGAAGAACCAGAACACUUUCAAUCUUUAUAUCACAUGUAUCCAAGCUCAUUUCUCAAGCUGUGUGAACUUAUUAGGGUGAAAACAUGUGUGCGAGAUACCCGUAAUAUAUGCGUUGAAGAGAUGGUGCUACAUUUCUCCUAACUAUUUGCCAGAGUUCAAAAUAUUGUUUCACAAUAGACACGUUCAAGAGAUCAGUAUUUGCCACUAGUGAGAACUUUCAUAAGGUUCUAAAAUCACUGAAUACUUUAGCGCCAGACCCGAUGGCGAAGCCUGGAGUGACAACAUGUGCAAAGAUAAGAGAGAGCACAAGGUUUUAUCCUUACUUCAAGGUACAUAGUUCUGAUUUUGUCUACGUAUUAUUAAUAAAAAAAAUUCAAUAUGUUUUUUAUUUGACAUCUUAAUUUUUCUUAUCAUUACAAGAUUGCAUCGGAGCAAUAGAUGGCACUCAUAUAUUUGCAAUGGUGCCAAAAUUUGAUGUUCCAAGCUAUCUUAAUCGUAAAGGAUUUGUAUCACAAAAUGUUUUUGCGACUUGCAAUUUUGAUCUAAAAUUCAGGUAUAUUAUUCAUGAGUGGGAAGGUUCAGCUCAUGAUUCAAAAUUUUAAGUGAUGCUCUAACAAGAAGCACUUGCAAACUAGAAGAUCCAGAAGGUAUGGGUGACAAAUUUAAGUUCAUAUUAUGAAAAUAUUAUAUGUAUAUACAACUGAUCUUGCGAUGUUUAAAUUAUGCAGGAAAUUUUUAUUUAGCAGAUUGUGGGCUUGCCAACCGUCGAAUUUUUUUAGCUCCAUUUAGAAGUACUCGUUAUCAUCUACAAGAAUUUAUGGGCGAAGGUCGUGAUCCCAGCAACCAUAACGAGUUAUUAAAUUUGUGUCAUGCGUCUUUAAGAAAUGUGAUCGAAAGAAUAUUUGGUAUCUUUAAAUCUCGGUUUCUAAUUUUUAAAUCUGUGCCCCCCUUUCUCUUUUAAGACACAAGCGGAGUUAAGAAGAAGAAUACAGCGGUGAUGGUGAGACAUAUUAUUUAUAUUUAUAUUAUGGGUUGGUGUGUUCACGUAGACAAAUACAUUUUAUGGCAUUAGUUCUUUGUGUACUUUGGUGUGUUCCCGUUCUUUGAGUUUGGUUUCUUCACCAUUAUUGAGUUUGUUUGGUGUAUUUUGAUAUUUUUGAAACAACAUUCUAGUUAUUGAAUCAAGCGUUUGUUAUGAUGUGAGUUUGGUUUCUUCGCUAUUAUUGAGUUUGGUUUGGUGUGUUCACGUAGAUAAAUAGGCAGUACGUAUGUUUUAUUAUUACAAAGAUUUCAAAAAUCUUAUGAGUAUAGAUGAUAUUUUCAAAAUACAUUCUUAUGAUGCAUCACCCUUCUGAUAGAGCAGCAUGGAAGCAUUUUAAAGAGGUAUCUUGUAAUUUUUCUAUUGAAAGUCAAAAUAGUUAUCUAGGGUAGAAACAAAAGAUUUAAUCCAGUUGGUAUGAAUGGUGAAUUCCACUCGGUCUGGCAGGUAAUCGUUACUCCUUAUAACUUACUUCUCGGUAUCUGUAAAAAUAAUAUUUAUUUUUAUCGGUAUUAGUUUCAGGACUGAGACAUCCAAUGAAGAGAACUGAUAUCUAUUUGCAGACAUAUAUUGAAUAAUUUCAGAAAUAAAGUCAGUGGAGGGAUAUGUCAGAUUAGGUCUUGUGAGCUGUGGGCUAGAUGGUAUGGUUGCUAAGCCAAGGCUAACUACAUGGAAGUGCCUUUAAAGUUGCUAUUGAUCUGAUGUGGCUUGUAACAUUGCAGAGGUAAAGGUGGUGGUUCUAACGAAUGGUGAGUCUCUAUAUUUUCAAACCUCUUCCACAAAUUUGUUAUAUGUUUUGCUUGAGGACAAGCAAGAGGAUAAUUCUGGAGGAGUUGAUAGGUCUCAAUAUUUACCUAUUUUAUGCCAUAAAUUAGGCCAUGUUUAGAGUCUUUAUUAUGUACUUUGAAUCUGUUUUAGGUCAUUUACAGGUUCAGGUGUGUUUUGAAGCACUUUGGAGAUUAUGGAGCAAAAUAGAGUUUAAAGAAAAAAAAAGAAUCUGUAGCUGUGCAGAGAGGAGAGUCAAGAUACAAUGUGAACGUCGACCAAUGUUUCCAUGGGAUCGACGGUAGUGUGAAGUGGAGAGACCAAUGAUAUUUUCAAGAAUUGCAUUUUUCUCAUAAGUUUCCCUAUUUGCAAAGAAGCUCAUGGACGUGUUAAACCGAUUUAUUUUUAUUAUGCCACCACUGUUUGAGACUACGCUUACUUUUGGAACAGAAGGAUUAGAAUUGGAGAGAGAGAUCUGAACUCCUUCAAAAAGAAGAUUUUUAACUCCCUUUAUUACUCUUGUCUAUUCUAUUUCAUGCAAUUUAUUCAGAUAUGUAUGAUGUUCUCUAUGCAUAUGUCUGAGUAAUCCUUUGUUAGAUUUAGGGUUCCUCAAGGGGUAUCAAAUGAAUUAUUAAUCUGAUAGAACUUCUAGGAAAAUAAAUCAGUUCUUCAUCUUGUUGAUCUUAAUGCUAUGUUUAGGACAGAUCGUCUUUAACCUAGAUUCUAGGAUAAUUGGGAUAUGCGAGAGCAUGGUCAUUUACUUGAACUGAAACUAGAUGAACUAAAUGACUAAGCACAGCGGGAGUUUGUUUAGGCGUUUGGUGAACAUAUCAGCCUGGGUUUAAUGCUUGUUUGAAUUAUUUGUAUUCGCAGCGAGAGUUGGGAUCUUAGAGUUUAAGCAUUAGAAGAUCAGUACAGUGGGAGCUGAUUGAUCACUACAUGAGUCUGAAUUCGAGAACGGUUUUAUGAUUUUUUCCUUGUCAAUCUAUGAGUUUACAUUUCUAUUGUACCUGCGAGUUUCCCUAAGUUUAGCUUCCAUCAUCCUGAUAACUACAAUCAAUUUAAUUCUCAUUCCUGCUUACUGUUUUAAUCAUUACUAUCUAGCUUAACUGAGACAACUAAAAUCUAUUGUGAAAUCAUAGAGUCCUUGUGGAUUCGAUCCCAAGUCCUGCAAUCAAUCUCUUAUCUGAGAGAAUUUCUCUAUGGUAAUUUGAGCAUAUCACAAUGUAAAAUUCUAAAUCAAGGAUGGAUCUGCCUACUUUGUGCAGAAGGAAAGAGUUACAUAUUAAAGCAAAUGGAUUGAUGCCGGUCCUGAUAUUUCGGUUUUCUAAGGAAGGAAAAAUAAUAAUUUUUGCAAUGGCUGAAGAAUGAUAUAAAAAAUUUGGAUAGGUACGCUUGAAAUGUUGGUAGAUGUAUUGAUGAGAUUAAUUUGAAGCUUUUAGUCAUGAAAAGUCAUGAUUGUGAUAUCAUCAUCCAAUGAUUUUUCUCAUUUGCGUUUAGGAAACUACUUCCCAAAAAUGUCCACAUUACAAUUUUAGUAAUUAAUUUUAUAGUAGUUAAUCUUAAUUAUUAUUUUAUAUAUGUUAUUAUCGACUAAUUACUAUUAAUUUUUGUAGAAAUAGCACUCUUAUUUCGGAUAUCUCUACAAAGAUACCAAAGAGCGAAGAUGUUCUCAUUCAAAAUUAAAGAAAACAUUGCGGUAAAGUUUUGCCUAAAGGGGUUUGAGAAACAUCUGAAGUUUCGCUUGUUGCGUUAAAAGAUGAUAUACAUAACCAAGUUUUUGCACGAAGUAAAAUGUUAUUCAUUGAAUCGUUCGUUUUAGAAGAUGAUGCGGAUUAAGAUUUGAUGUCAGUUGUUCCGCCCAAUGAUAAAUAUGUUUCAGAAGAUGACUUAGAAGUAUUGUACUGAUUCUAAUUCUCAAUCUGAUUCAAGUUCCAAGUUAAUUUUUCGUAAGUUGUUAAGUUUUAAUAAAUUAAUGUAAUAGAAAUUAAAAUAUAAGAUCUUGAGUUGCAAUAAAUUUUUAUUAUACAUAUGGUUUUAAGAAGAUAUACCAUAAUCAAAACAUUAAAUUCAUCUAAACUCUAAACCACAAAGACAUAUUUUUCUCUCCAUAUAUUUUUUAUAUCUACAAAAAAUUGUAAUCUACAUAAAUACAUUUUUCUUAACCCUAUCUAAACCCUAUAUAAACCAUAAAGAAUCCACAAACCCUAAAUAUACCCUAUCAAAACCCUAAAGAAACCCAACCAUAAAAAUUGUUUUGGCUUCAACCCAUUUACAAAAUUUCAGUUUUGGCUCCAAAAUCCAUUCCCCAAAAUUAUUCACUUUUCCUCCUAAAACCUAUCUCCCAGAUUGGCCCAAAACCCAUUUUCCCACAGACUCUAAUUUCACUAAGUGUCAAACAAUUAUAUUUUCUCUAUAAUCUCUCGUCUCUCUCAUUACUUCUGGGUCUCCAUAUGAAUCUCUUCUCGUCUCGUCUCCCUCGUCGCUCUCCUUUCUUUAACAAACCUCAUCUUGUCUAUCUCUAUGCAUCUCGUUCUCUCUUCACGACGCUCCUCUUUGUUCAUUUCUUCCUCGUCAACCACUUAAACGUUCAUGACUCCUUCCACCAAAAUCUUUGACUGUCGUUAACCUUGGACCCCAGGAUUGAAUCUCCCUUGUAAGUAAUGUUUUACAUUGGGUUUUGCAUGUUUGGUUAGUGUUAGGAGAUUUUUGUGUAGGAUCUUUGUGAGUACUACGGAACGAUAGAUAAGCCUGGCAUUUAGUAUUGAUUUGCAAGUAUUAAGAUUGAAGGAGACGUUUUAUUAUAUCAAAGCGCUCGAACUACAAUAGAUUGGUGUAUAAACUCUAGUUUUAGUCGCCUAGUUCUAAUCUCUAAGUAUCAAAGUGUAGAUCUCUUGUUCUACUGUUUGGGCUCCCCUUAUAUAAUCGUCUUGAGGUCGGCCCGAGUCGGUUUGAGUAGGUUUAACUCUUUCAUAUUUGGAAAUAUGGAAAGUUCUCCAUAUCGGACGUUUUCCAUUUUCCGGAGGAAGGGGUGGUCCCUGGGACCGGUCCUGGAAUAUUUUCUAGCGGGGAUCCAGAGCGUUCCCUAGCGGGGAUCGGGGCAUCUUCUAGCGGGGACCCGGACGCCGGUGUCCUGCCUGGGGUCUGGAAAAAUUCAAUAUCUGAGUAUUUUUUCCAAACAGCUACGAUUUCGAUUCACCUUUGGUUGCAUGUUUACUUCGGUUUUUUUAUUUAUUUAAGGUAAGGGUUUUGAUUUAUUUGGGGGUUCGGUUUCUAUUUGGGUUAUGGUUAGAUUUAAACAUUGAUUUGGCGUUAGGGUUUCAUUCGGUUUAUGAUAUCGAUUUUCAUUUUAUUAAGGGUUGUGGUGUUGCUUAAUUUUGGGGUUCUAGUUUCAGUUCACUUUGGGCUUUCCAUUUAAUUUUGUUUGAUGUAACUCUCCCAACUAAUAUAAUCUUUCCUCUAUAGUCUUUAUAUAUAUGCAAUAGGGGAAAAUCACGUCAAUGCAUUCAACUCCUUUUUUUCUUCUAUUAAUUUUUAUAAACUUUUUGAAUAUAUUGCCAGAAAAUAUUCGUAUGACAUGGCUUACCUUACUAACAACUAACAACAUUCAUGGGAUUACUUCAUGAUAUGGCUUACCUUACUUACACGGGAUUACAGGGAAGCUAACACCUAGGAUGUUCCCACUGAAAGUAGAAGUUUAUCUAGAACUGUCGAAAAAUUACUAAAAAACCAUCAUAUAUCCCUUAUAUAUAUAUAUCGAUUUAAACAAGAUCUGAAAGAUCGAGAGAAGGAAGAUAGAGGAAAGCUAUGACAAAUUGACACCAAAACUAUUGUGGCAAUUUUGUGGAAAAUACUACGAAAAGUAUUGCAUCAUAUUAAUAGGUUACGAAAGAUAAUGUGACAAUUUUGUGGGAAAAUGUAAGAAAAAUAUUAUUGACAAUUUCAUAGAAAAUUGCUACGAAAAAAUUGUGGCUAUUUCUUGGCAAAUUACUGUGAAAAUAUUUGUGGCUAUUCCGUAGCAACUUGCCUUACAAAUUUUCGUGGCAAAACGUCACAAUUUUUUCCAUGAUUUCAUCGUCGUAGUGGCUUUUUACUACGAUUUUUCCAUUGUUUUGUUUUGUUACGCAUUUCGUGUUUAAUUUGUCAUAUAUUCACGAAUUUUGGCUUAUAGCCAACGUUUUACUAGUGUCUUUCUCACCGACAAGCUUCCUCCACCGCACGGCUUGGAUGGAGCUUCCUCCACCGCACGGCUUGCAUGGAGCUUCCUCCACCGCACGGCUUGCAUGGAGCUUCCUCCACCGCACGGCUUGGAUGGAGAUACCUCCACUGAUGUGGAUCUAUAAGCAAAAAACGCAGCAAAAACCUGAGGAUACAACCCGUGAAGCCAUACACCGCAGAGAGCCGCACGAUCAGGGCUACUCCACCAUCGCCGCUAGAUCUGACACCAAAGAAUGAAAAACGGCAAGAAUCUCCAUAGGAAACUGAGCCAAAAGACGAAAAAAAAUGAAAAGGCAAGGCUCUAUCACGUCAUCGGCGGAGAACCCUCGCAGGAGAGGCAAGGAGAAGAAAAAUAUUGGUGUCCGCAAGGUUAGAGAGAAACGAGAGAUGAGAGAGAAGUUAAGAUAAAAUUUGUCAUCUGAUGUGUUAAGCAUUUUUGGUUAAAUUUUUAUUAAUAUUAUUAAGCAUUUUGAUAAAGGUUUUUCGAAAGUGAUAGUUAUCCAUACCUAUAUAUAUUUUUUGCUUCACCGUUGUCCGUUGGUCUAUAAAAGGUGGGUAAAAAAAAAAAAGUUAGGCUUUGUGAUGUGGAGCUGACACUAACCAAGUAUUAAACAGAUCUCUAGCAUUAACUACAAAUAAUUAUAAAGUACAAAAACAAUACCACUAAAGACAGAGAUUUUAGCAUUUGUUUGCAUUUUGUAGUCGUCAUGUUAGAUUUUCAGUGUAAAUAAUAGUUUGUUUUGCAGUUAAGCUUUUACAGCGAACUUUAUGAACACCUUAACUUACAAUAAAAGUUACAACUAAUCGAAUAUUCAGAAUUUCUCAUCCUCUUCUUUCGACUCCCUCUGAUGCUUUCAGUACUAUCUUUAUCAUUUUGUUAUACUACGAAGCUAAAUCUCAAUAAAUAACCUAAAAGUGCGUUUUAUCAGUGCGUAGAAAAGUGCUAACUUGCAUAUGAAAACAUCACUUUAAAGUUUUUUUUGUAACUUAAUAUAUAUCCAAGUUCCAAUUCUAUAUAAUACAUAUGUCAUUGUGUUGGUCCUUUAUUUAUUAAACUAGGUGAUGACCCGCGCCUUACGCGGAGUGAAUAAACUAAAAUAUCGAAGUUAUAUUUUUAUAUUUUAGUUGUCCAAAAAAAAUAUUGUUAUAUUUUAUUAAAAUUAUAUUGGUUCUGGAGUACAUAGAAAUUGUAGAAGAAAUAAAAAUAAAUUGAAGUAAAUAAUAUGAGGUUAAAAAAGUAAAUAAUAUGAAUUUUCUAAUUUAGUAGACUGAUUAGGACUCGAAAUUGUAAAAGAGACCAACUAUUAAACCUUAAUAACCAUUAUGAGUUGAAAUAUAUGGUUUGGGUUUACUCUUCGUCACUUGAGAUAUCCAUAUUUUGUGAACUAAACUCAAUCACAAUACCUAAGAAGAUUAGAAGCUGAAUCCAGUGACUCAAGUCUCGGGAAAUUCAAACUGAUGGAUUGUAAAUUGACAAAGGCCCUAUCAACAAAUCUCCAUACUUAAAAGAAGUCCAUAUUAAAUGAUAUUUGACUUUAAACUUAACCGGAAAUAAUUAAAUAAAUUUCUAAAUUUAAUGUUUAUCACCAUUUAUGUUAAUUUCGUAAUAAAAAAUUUUGUUGCAAAAGUUAAGGGAUUGAAAGAAAUUUAGUAUGUCAUUCCUUUUUUCUUUUAUUUUGCAAUCACUCAAGAUUAGGUUUAACUUUUUUAUAUAGAACGUUUUGAUUUUACAAUAUAAUCGAGUUCAUAUUGUCCAGGAAUAACAUAAAUAUCACAUAUCCCAUAAAAUACAAAAAAUAAUUAAUCAAAAUUAAUUGUUGAUUUUGAUUUGAUAACAAAAUUGGUAAGCUGAGUAUAUCAUUGUGUUGGAAAAUCAAUGCGCUUCCCUUAAGUGUAUGAGUAACCAACCUUUACUUGAUAUAAGACAUUAGCUGUAUAAUUCAAAAUUUCAUCAUAAACUUAAAUUACCCACCAACCGUUGAUGCCGCAAAAUAAUUGAUGGAAAGAAAAUCAAUUACUUUUAAUUCUGAAUAUUCUAAAUUUGAAGCCACGAAAAUAUUUAAGUUUAAUCAAAAUGAAAAUAAAUAUGUUAUACCAAAUAAAUAAUAGAAUUCAAAUGAAAAUAAACAUGUUAUACCCAAACAUAAUUCACAGGUUUAACCAAGUAUAGUAAAUAUUUUCUAUAUGUUUAACAAAAAAAAAUAUAACUGAUGUGACCAUCGCUAAAAGUAUAUCAAUUAGUAUAUUUAUUCAUGACCAAUAAUAUUAGUAUAUCAAUUAGUAUAUUUAUUAUAUUCUAUGAAAAAAACAUGUAAAAUAUAUAAUGUGUAGAUAUAUGUAUACUAAAUGAUAUAUGUAUAACACGUAGAUAUAUAAAACAUAUAAUGUCACUACACUACAUAUACUAUUAUCCUGAACAAAAACAAAUGUCAUUUAUCGAGUCUUACGAAACAACAUGAAAUUGAAUAUAAAUAAAAAAAAAAAGUAAAUAUGAAAAACUUUUAAUCUGACAUAUAUAUCAAAAACUACUUCAACGUCAGAUUAUAGUGCCAAUAGUUCUGAACAAUCGACUUAUUUUUGAAUAGUAAAUCAUGAAUUUUAUUUAUUCAUGAUGAAACUAUUGCUAAGGUUACGGAAAUUAUUUGUUCUUGAACAUUGGUAAGAGUAUAUCAUAUAAAAAAGGUACCAAGAGGUUAUACAGCCAAACAAAUGACGUUACAGUCCGUUUAUGUAUAAAAUUAAUUUGGUUAACUAAAGUUAAUACAUUUAUUCCUUUGAUUAUCAUCCCACAAGUCUUGUAAUAUAUUAUAAGGGAAGUCUUGUAACAAAUAUGUCCAAUGGUAUUAUAUUGUAAAUAUUCUAGUAAACUAUGACUAUUUUAAUAAAUGAGUUGAGAAGGGCUAUAAAGUUGCCACAUCAGUAAUGGCAUUUCUGUUAGUAACACAUGAUGUAAAGGUUAGUUAUUAAAAGUGUUUGUCAAAUAAUAAGAAAGGGAUGUUUGUGUUUUAUGUUCAAUGGGUCGUUUAAAAAAUUGUAGGCCAUGGUUUGCCCAUAGAUGUUUCGUUUAGCCACUGAAACAGAAAAUUAAAGUGCAAACUACGUCACGGGGCAGUCUAUUAAAGUGGUAAUAGAUUAGAGAGAACAUAGAUUUAAAAAAAAAAAAAAAAAAAAAAAUUUGUUAAAAAAAAAAAAAAAAAAAAAGAUUUGAAUUAAUUAUUUUUAUAAUAAUCACUUUUUCAUAUUGCUAUUAGACAAAAGAUUGGGAUAUAUGGUGGAGGAUGAUGCACUUUGGACUAUUCUUUGACUAUAUAUUAUACACUUUUAGACCACGAAUUAUACAUCCACACGUAGCAAGCCCCAUAACCUCUAUCUUUCUCUCUUCCUUUCUGUCAACUUUAGCUCUUUAAAUAUUUCUCUCAUUCUUUGCUUCUUCGUUACAUUAAACAUUUUCUCACUCUCUCAAACCACACAAAGAGACAAACAGAGAGUAAACUAACUUAAAGCUAUGAACAAGCAAGGUUUCAAGAGAGUUCAGUUUAGGAGAUGGGGAAAGCGAAUCGGAAGCUCAACGACAGCUUCAGCGACGCUACGAAACUCAGAGGAAAGAAGAACGAUUGUGGCGUUUGCGUUCUCAUGUUGUGGAAAACCUCCUCGCGUUCUCCUGAAGCAGUUUGUUUGGAGGUUGAAAUCACGUUUAAGGUGGUCGCGGAAGAGUGGUAGUAAUAAUAUCCAGUGUAGCUAUGAUCUCCGGAGCUAUCAUCUGAAUUUCGAUGACGGUUGGUCUUUUUAAACAAAUUGUUAUUAUUAUCUUUUGAGGCUUUUUUCUUUUCAUAUUACGUAUAUACUUAAAGUAUCAAUCUUAUAUAAAAAAGCAUUUCAAUAAUAUUCGUGUACGUUCUUUUUUCA